CGUGUUGAUGGUCCGUCAUGUGUUCCGGUCCCGCAACGCCCUCCAGCUCAACGUUAACUAAGCAAUGCUAGGCUAGGCUAAGUUAGCUAACAAGGUUGUUGUUGUCUUCGCUUCGCAGACGGAAACAUUUGACUGACCAUCAAACCUAUGAAGACCAUUCACCGUCGUGGUGCGUUCUGUGACCACGCCCCCAGCAGUCUGUGACCACGCCCCUAGCACUCUGUGACCACACCCCCAGCAGUCUGUGACCACGCCCCCAGCAGUCCGUGAUGCACUUUUAGCCGCAGCCAGGCGCCACAAAGAGGCGUGAUGGCGCGCCACAGCCAGCUGCAGAAGCAGGUCCUGGCUCUGUACCGACAGUUCCUGCGGGCCGGACACGACAAGCCGGGCUUCCUGCCUCGCAUCCGAGACGAGUUCAGGGAGAACGCUGGCAUGAAGAAGACGGACGUGAUGCACAUCGAGUAUUUGUACCGACGGGGUCAGCGGCAGCUGGAGCAGCUGAAGGACGCCAACACCAAACAGCUGGGCACCUUCUCCAAGAAGCAGGAGAACAGCUGACCUGCCACACCUUGGUCAUGUGACCCACACAAAGACUCAUUAUCACACCAUUUUAUGUUCAUGUCUGGCCUUUGUUCAUCCUCACAUUAAAACACAUUUAUUUGGUGGUCAAAUAUGUAAAUAUCACAUUUAAUUGUCUUAGUAAAUACAUCAAAUUCACAUUUAACUGUAU